AUGAGAAAAUAAAGAUUUAUCGUAAAGGAACAAACUACAAAACCUGCAAUUGUUUUUGAUUAAAAAUUUCUGGGUUUGACUCUUCAACGCGUCUUCCGACCUCCAUUGUUAAUCUUUGUAUAGCUUUAUCUGCAACUCACAUGAUCAAGUAAUCUUUCUCUAAUAUGCUGAGCUGAAAACCCAAUCGGCAGCAAUUCUUCUUCUCUUCCCUCCCUCUCUCUAGCUAAUAAAUUGAUGACCUACUUCCACCAUUAGUGAUUAUUGCUUUCCACAUGGUGGUGAAUUCAACAUUCAACAAUUUGUGAUCCAGAUAUCUUCUUCUUCAGAUGGAAAUCCAGGCUUCUACAUACACACUGGAUGAGGCACUUUCUAUUAUUGGGUUUGGGAAAUUCCAGGGAUAUGCACUAGCUUAUGCUGGACUUGGGUCAAUAGCAGAAGCCAUGGAAAUAAUGCUUCUUUCCUUCAUAGGAACUGCAGUAGCAUCUGACUGGAAUCUCUCUUCAGAUCAAGAGAGUAUGAUAACUAGCAUUGUGUUUUCUGGCAUGCUAAUAGGAGCUUAUUCAUGGGGUGUUGUAUCAGACAACUAUGGGAGAAAGAAGGCUUUUCUUGGACUUUGUACUGUUACUGCUGUGGCUGGAUUAUUAAGUUCUUUCUCUCAAGAUUAUGUUAGCUUAGUAAUUGCACGUUGGCUCGUUGGUAUUGGAUUGGGUGGAGGACAUCUAUUCUCCACAUGGUUUCUUGAAUUUGUUCCUACGCCAAACAGAGGCACUUGGAUGGUUAUCUUUUCAACUUUUUGGACGGUUGGAACCAUCCUUGAGUCUGGUCUUGCAUGGAUUAUCAUGCCUAGAUUAGGGUGGAGAGUGCUACUUGCAUUGUCUUCAAUUCCAGCUUUCACUUUGCUUGCUUUAUACAGUCUAACUCCCGAAACUCCAAGGUUCUUGAUUAUGAAAGGUAGAAUAGAUGAAGCACAUGCCAUUUUAGAAAAGAUAGCACACUUGAACCAAACUAUACUCCCAUCUGGUCAGUUGGUUCCUGAUCAUAUAGAAGAUUCUUCUUUAUCAGAAGAUACCCAUUUACUCACCACCAGAAAGAAAACCGACCCCGGUUUCAUAAAACACUUGUCCCUGAAUUCUGUUCUCAUCUCACCCAAGUUCAUCAGAACAACCAUUUUACUGUGGUUCGUUUACUUUGGAAAUACAUUUACUUACUACGGCGUUGUACUUUUAACCACCGAGCUUAGCAGUGGGCAGAAUCGAUGUACUGGCAUGGAUCGUUUGCAUUCCAGACCUAAAAUGGACACUAGCCUCUACUUUGAUGUAUUUGUGUCUAGUUUGGCCGAGUUUCCAGGGCUGGUGAUUUCAGCUAUAAUUCUCGAUAGAGUUGGAAGGAAGCAUUCUAUGGCAAUUAUGCUCACAGUUGGUUUAUUCUUGCUUCUCCCAUUGGCAUGGCAACAAAGCCAGAAUCUAACCAUGACUUUGUUAUUUUGCGCGAGAAUGUUUGUUUCAGCUACUUUCACCGUCGCUUGCAUAUAUACUCCCGAGGUGUAUCCGACAAAUGUGAGAUCGACGGGGGUUGGUGUGGCAACUGCAAUUGGAAGAGUAGGGGGAAUGAUAUGUCCUCUUGUGGCGAUUACGUUAGUAAGUAAUUGUCAUCAAACAGCCGCGAUAUUUAUGUUUGAAGCGGUAAUAGUUCUUUUAGGAAUUUGUGUUGUUCUUUUACCAUUUGAAACCAUGGGGAAGGAAUUAUCAGAUAUGUAACAUGUAAUGUAGGUGUGUUUUAAAUGUCACUGAAUUUGAAAUGUAUCAUUAUAAUAAAGGUGAUGGAAUUAUAAUUUCAUUCUA